AUGGAUCCCUUUACUAAUGAUAACCAAAUUGCAAAAUGCGAAAAAAAGAAUGUCGAUGAAGAAAAUGAAAAUUUUGAUAACAAAAAUGAUUCUACUACAAUUAAUCCUGAUUAUAUAAAUGAGUCUAAAAAAGUAGCUAUCAUUUGCAAUGAUGUCAAAGAAGAUGAUGUCGUUAUGUCUGCUAUUGACAAAUCUAGUGUUCUUGAUGAUAAAGAAACUAAAAAUUGUAAUAUAGAAGAUGAUUCUACUAUUAUUAAUUCAAAUUGCAUCAAAGAGCCUGAAGAAGUGACAACUAUUUUUAAUCAUGUUGAACAAGAUGAUAUUGUUAAACCGAUCACUAAAAAAUACUGUAUUCUUGAAUGUACAGAGUUUAAAAUACGUUCUUUGAUUGAUAAUCCUACAUUGUUAAAAUCUAAUUGUUUCAAUGAGUUAAAAAAAGUUACUACUUAUCGUAAUGUUGUUAAACAAGUUAACUUUACUAUGUGUGCUAUUGAUAAAUCCAAUGUUCUUGAAGAUAAUGAGACUAAAAAUUGUAAUAUAGAAGAUGAUUCUACAUUGAAUAAUUCUAAUUGUAUCAAAGAGCCUGAAAAAGUAGCUGUUGUUUGUAAUGAUGUCAAACAAGAUAAUGCCGUUAUGCCUGCUACUGAUAAAUUCAAUAUUCUUGAAGACGAAGAAAUUCAAAAAUGUGAUAUGAAAGAUGAUUCUACCACUAUUAAUUCUAAUUGUAUAAAUAAUCCUGAGGAAAAAGAUAUUAUCUGUAGUAAAGUCAAACAAGAUGAUGCCAUUUUGUCUGCUAUUGAUAAAUCCAACUUUUUUGAAGAUGAAAAGAUUAAAAAUUGUAAUAUAGAAAAUGAUUCUCUAACGAUUAAUUCUAAUUGUAUAAAUGAGUCUAAAAAAGUAGCUAUCGUUUGUAAUGAUGUCAAAAAUGAUGAUAUCGUUAUGUCUCUUACUGAUAAAUCUAGUGCUUUUGAAGAUAAAGAAACUCAAGAAUGUGAUUUAAAAGAUAAUUCUACUACUAUUAAUUCCAAUUGUAAAAAUGAUCCUGAGAAAAUAGCUGUUGUUUGUAGUGAUGUCAAACAAGAUCCUGUCGUUAUGUCUGUUACUGAUAAACCUAGUGUUCUUGAAGAUAAAGAAACUCAAAAAUCUGAUUUAAAAGAUAAUUCUACUACUAUUAAUUCCAAUUGUAAAAAUGAUCCUGAGAAAAUAGAUAUUAUUUGUAGUGAGGUCAAAAAAGAUGAUGUCGUUUUGUCUGCUAUUGAUAAAUUCAAUGUUCUUGAAGAUAAUGAAACCCAAAAAUGUGAUUUAAAAGUUGUUUCUACUUUGAAUAAUUCUGAUUGUAUAAAUGAUCCUGAGAAAAUAGCUGUUGUUUGUAGUGAUGUCAAACAAGAUAAUGCCGUUAUGUCUGCUGCUAAUAAAUCUAAUAUUUUUGAAAAUAAGGAAAUUCAAAAAUGUGAUAUAAAAGAUAAAUCUACUACUAUUUAUUCCAAUUGUAAAAAUGAUCCUGAAAAAAUAGCAAUUGUUUGCAAUGUUUACGAACAGGAAAACAUCAAAACUAUAAAAGAAUAUAAAUUUGUUUCUUUAAAAUCAAGUAAUUAUAUAUCUACACUUAAUUUGUAUCAAUCUCUUAUAACAAAAGUAAUGGUUAUGAAGUUUGAAGAUGAAAUUGAUUCUGGUAGAUUUGUUUUAUCAAAUAAAACUUUUAAGUUAAUUGUUAGUAAAUUAGAAAACCAAGAUGAUAAGAAUAGAUUUGAUGAAAUUGAAAACAUUUUAUAUAUGGCUAUUAAGUUUCUUUUUAUGAAAAAUGAGGAAGAAUUUGAUAGAUUGGAAUUUAUGAAAAGUAUUGAAAAAGAUCUUAUAAGUCUUUUAGAAUUAUCUAUGAAUUUUUCUGUGAGAAAAGCAUUGUUUAGUUUUCUUUUAUUGAUUUCAUCACAUUCAAAUGUAAAAGGAAUAUUUGUAACUAAGAAUCAAAAUUUGGCAAAUUUGAUUGCAUAUAAUACUUACAUGGAACAUUUUGUUUCAUCAUUAGACAUCGCCAUCCAAGAAACAAUAACGAUAGAAGAAAAUUUUGAAUUUAGAAUCAUGGCCAAAAUUUUAUAUGAUAGGUUUUGUUUUAAUUUUAAUUACGAUAUACUACCAUCAGAUGACAUAUGCUUUAUCAACCAAUAUUUAUCCUACUUAAAGUAUGGUUUAAAUAUAUUUUGUGAUGGCGUUCUUAAGAUAUUUGAUGCUUGUGAAAAGGAUAAAGAAAAAUUAGAAAUGGACUUUGUUGAUACAAUUUUAGCUAUUGAAAACAUUAUAAUACAUUUUGUAGAUAUUUUGGAACGCAAAGAUUUUAACGAUCUUAUGAAUAAUACUAUUAUUUAUGAAAUUUUGGAAAAUAUAAAAUUAAAAUUAGAUACUUUUAAUGAUUCUACUAAAGCAACAUUAUAUAAUCUUGGAGUACUUAUUUUUCAUACCUCAACCAAAUGUCUAUCAUAUGGUUCUGAUUAUUUAAAAUUUAUACAUCAACUUAAUGUUGGGAAUGUAAUGAUUAAAUAUUUUGUAGAUUCUGAAGAAUUAAAAAAAAGUCCUAUUUUGGAUGGUUUAACUAAUUUUUUUAUGGGAAAUCAAAUAAUUUUAAAUGUGCUUCUUUAUAAAAUGAAUGAUAAUGAAAAGAUGAAGAAUAAGUAA